CCCGGUGUAUUGUUUAACGACGAAUAAUGAGUCAUGACAUAAAAAUUCUACAAAUAUUCCUCCGCUAAAAGGAAAAAAUCCCAAUUGUAACCGAACGGCUAGACCACAAAACCCAGAGCAAAAAAAUCAGUGUUGCCUUCAAAAACCAGAGCAACUCAUUCAUCUAAGAGAGAGAAAGAUCAAAGACAGCAGCAAAAAUGGGAGUGGUAAUCAUCGACGGAACAACAGUCAGAUCCUUCGUACAAGACGAACCCCAAUUCAACAAAAGCGUCGACAAAACUUUCGCAACCUUCGACCUCAAUGGCGACGGCACCCUCUCCCGCUCCGAACUCCGAAAAGCGUUCGAAUCGAUGCGGCUCAUCGAAACCCACUUCGGCGUCGACUCCGGCGGCCCAACUCCGGCGCAAUUGACUACCCUUUACGACUCCAUUUUCGAUAAGUUUGAUAUCGAUCACAGUGGGACUGUUGAUCUCGAGGAAUUUCGAUCUGAAAUGAAGAAGAUUAUGCUUGCGAUUGCUGAUGGUUUGGGUGAAUCGCCUAUUCAAAUGGCUCUUGAAGGUGGGAGUGAGAAUUUGUUGCAGAAAGCUGCUAAUCUUGAGGCUACUAAGAUGAAGGAAGCUGGUAAAUCGGCUUAGUUUUCUGGGUUUUGGGAGUUAUGUGAUGGGAAUGGUGUUUUGAGGGGUUGCACGCUAGGUGUUUGUGUUAAUGCCUGAAUGAGUACAUAUUGUUGUUUAGAUUUUACUUUUUCUGGGUUAAUUCGUUUCUUGUGUUUUGUUUAAUGUUUUUGUGUUAAUCUGUGCAAAUGAGAUGUUUGUCAAGUGUGUAUGUUUUGUGUUAUUUACUUAUUUGGCUACAUAAUAAGUGCCUCUAAUAAAGUUGUACUAAGAUUAGAGAAGUUUAAUCUUUUUUUCCAAUCA